AUGGCCACCGCUCCACCCCAAGCCAGACCGGAACCUGGUCAGUGGAAAAAAAACCUUUCGCAUCAUCUUAUCUGUCCUGAGUGCAAGGAGGUCCCACCCAAUUUGGAGUUUCCCGGGUCGCAUGAAACUGUAUGCGGGUCUUGUGGUUUAGUGCUCGCUGAUCGGGAAAUUGACAUGCAUUCUGAAUGGCGUACUUUCUCCAACGACGAUCAGAACAACGAUGAUCCAUCUCGUGUCGGAGACGCUUCAAACCCCCUGCUUAACGGCGACCAACUGGAGACCCAAAUCGCAAGCGGAGGCUCUGGCCGUGUUCGUGACCUGUAUCGUGCUCAGAACAAGCAGUCGAGCGAGAAGGCGAACAAGUCUCUUCUGGCUGCUUACAAAGAGAUCGGUGCUUUGUGCGAUGGAUUUAGCAUUCAGAAGAAUGUCGCUGAUACCGCCAAGUAUCUUUUCAAGAUCGUCGAUGAUGCGAAGGCUUUCAAAGGGAAGUCCCAAGAUGUGAUCAUUGCGGGUUGUAUCUUCAUCGCUUGCCGUCAAUGCAAGGUACCCCGUACCUUCACUGAAAUUUUCGCAGUCACGAAAGUGUCAAGGAAGGAAAUUGGCCGAAUCUACAAGGCGCUGGAGAAGUUUUUCACGGCCCAGAACCUGGAAAGAAACAACGCCGUGGUAUCAAACGGUGGUGUUCCAGAUCCCAACGACACAUACACCGCAACAACUUCCACCAAACCCAGCGACCUGUGCAACCGUUUCUGCAAUCUUCUGGAUUUGCCCUUCCAAGUGACCAGUGUAUCUUCUGCACUUUCUGAUCGUGUCACAACCAUGGGAGACCUGGCGGGCCGGUCUCCUCUGUCCAUUGUUGCGGCUUGUAUCUACAUGGCCUCGUAUCUGAUGGGGCACGGCAAAACUGCCAAAGAAAUCAGUCAGGUCGCUCAUGUCAGCGACGGAACUAUCCGCGGUGCCUACAAGCAGCUCUACGCGGAGAGAGAGCGCCUGAUUGACCCAGAAUGGAUCAAGGACGGAAAGGGCGAUCUGAAGAACCUACCCGCCAGUUAA